AUGGAUUCUACAGCAGAAACUUUCGAGCAUCGGCUGUCAUUCAAAUUAUGGCCUCCUUCUCAGGGCACGAGAAUUUCGCUUGUAGAACGGAUGACCAACAAUUUUACCACUCCAUCGAUGAUUUCUCGAAAUUUUGGUCUGCUCAGUAAACAAGAGGCUGAGGAGGAGGCCAGGAAAAUUGAAGCACUAGCCUUUGCAGCUGCAGAGCAACAAUUCGAGAAGGAAGCAAGUGGUGAUGGAAGUUUUGCGGUGCAGGUGUAUGCCAGAGAUUCAAGUCAGCGUAUGAUGGAAGUUAUGAAAAGAGGGCCCAAAAUAAAGGAAGAUGAUGAGAAAUCUAUCUCUGUUGUUGAAAGUGUCUUUGAUAUCUCUGGUGGUCGCAUAUCUUUUAUUGAUGCAGAAGAGGCUGAAGAGCUUUUCAAACCACUAAGGGAGCACGGAAACUGCUAUACUAAGAUAUGUAUGAGCAAUAUAAGCUUUGGUUUAGAUGCAGCUCAUGUUGCUGUACCAAUCCUAUCUUCCAUCAAACAUUAAUUGAAAGAAGUGGUUUUGUCAGAUUUUAUUGCUGGAAUGUCAGAGACAAAAGCUAUUGAAGUCAUGAAUUUGUUUUCUUCGGCCCUGGAAGGAUGUAUUUUGAGGUAUCUGAACAUUACAGACAAUGCCAUGGGCGAGAAGGGUGUUAACGCAUUUGAGGCCCUUCUGAGAUCACAAAGUAAUUUGGAGGAACUUUAUUUGAUGAAUGAUGGUAUUUCAAAAGAAGCUGCAAGAGCAGUUUCUAAGUUCAUUCCAUCCACGGAGAAGCUUAAAGUCCUUCAUUUCCACAAUAAUAUGACCAGACAUGAAGGGGCAAUGGCCAUCUCUGAUAUAGUGAAGCGGUCACUUGUCUUGGAGGAUUUCCGUUGUUCAUCGACAAGGGUGGGCUCUGAAGGUGGUGUAGCUUUAGCUAAAGCACUUGGGACUUGCACACAUUUGAAGAAGCUUGAUUUGCGUGACAACAUGUUUGGUGUAGAAUAUGGUGUUGCUUUGAGUAAAGUCCUAUCUGCUUUUACAGGUCUUAUUGAAAUUUACCUCAGUUAUCUUAACUUGGAAGAUGAAGGAACAGAAGCCAUUGCCAAUGCUCUGAAGGAUUCUGCACCUUUGCUUGAAGUUCUGGAACUGGUUGGAAAUGAUAUCACACCCACAUCAGCUGCUGCUUUGGCUUCUUGUGUAGAAGCAAAACAAUUCCUUACCAGAUUAGUUUUGACAAAGAAUGAGCUGAAGGAUGAAGGUGCAAUUUUGAUCAGUAAAGCAUUGGCAGAGGGUCAUGUUCAAUUAACUGAGGUUGAUUUGAGCUCUAAUCAAAUUAGAAGGGCUGGGGCAAGACUUUUGUCUUAGGCUCUUGUAAACAAGCCUGGGUUCAAGUUGCUGAACAUAAAUGGUAACUUCAUAUAUGAUGAAGGGAUUGAUGAGGUAGUGGAUAUGUUUAAGAAUUCCCCACAUCUGCUUGGGCCUUUGGAUGAGAAUGACCCUGAAGGUGAAGAAUUUGAUGAUGAGGAUGAAGAUGAAAGUGCUGAUUAUGAGGUUGAAUUGGAAUCAAGGCUCAAGGGCCUUAAAAUAAAGCAAGAGGAGUAG